UAUGGGAUGUUGUUAGGAUCGAAUUAAUGUGACACUUAAGGCAAAUGAAAUUAAGCCCUUAACGAAAGCACCCAUAAUCUUCCAACCUCAUAAGGGGUAGAGAAUGGAACCAAUGAAAAUUUCAAUCAUUGGAGAUAUGGAUAAAAUGGAGAUCUUAGACGACUUCCCUUCAGCAAUGCCCUCUAUAACAUAAAUCGAUUAAAAGUUGUAAUCGAAAUUAAUGUUCUCUCGUGAGUUCAAGGAAACCAAAGAAUUGGUAACAAUAUGUCAGCUAUCGUUUUUUAGAAAUCGACAUAAAUUUCUGAAACUGUUAUAAUCGAUUUGAGAUCAGCUUCAUACCUUUAAAGUCCUCUCAAACCAAUAACAGAAAGAAGGUCGAGCAAAAAUUUAAAUUAAAAGUUUAUAGGGAUGCUUUGA